GACAGGAAGAGGAGAAGAGGAGACUUGGAAAGGAGGUACAGAGAGUCAGACAGCUGUUGGGGGAGAGAGAGAGGAUGAGAGAGGAGGAGUUGGGAUUCAAGGCUUCUAAAGACAAACUGAACCAGGCAAGGGCUAGUGUGGAGGAGGAAGAGGAGGAGGAGGAGUGAGGAGGAGAGAGAGAGGGAUGAGGAGGAGAGAGAGGAGUGCCUUCUAGACAUGUCCCUCCCCAAUGAUGGCACCCCGCUGUUGGAGCGCUACCUGUCCUCGGCCUUCCCCUCAAACACACACUCAUCCUGGGCCAAUGAAAGUCUGGAGGAGUGCAGCCUUCUGGAAGAGCACAGCCUGCUGGACAACUCUGGCAACUACAGGUUUGAGCUGGACAGUGACAUCGUCAGUGGUGGUGACCAAUCCCAGCUGUCCUUUUCGCAGGAAGAACAAACUCACUUUUCCGCCCAACAAUCCACUGCACAGUGCCCCCGCCACGACCCUGAGAACGAAAACAUGCCCUCCUUCGCCUCCCAGUGGCAGAACGACCCCCUCUCUGUCUCACGUGACGCCAGCGAGACCUCUGAGAGACUCAGUGAGACGUCGGAGAGACAGGAGGUCUCAGACUUGGGCAAGGAGCUCCUCAUCCAGCAGUGUGGAGAUCUCAGGGAGGAGGUGGCUCUGAGGGAGAGGGAGAAGGAGGUGGUGAUGGAGGAGUUGAGGAGGAGCGCUGAGGAGCUGGAGGAGGCCAGGGCCAGGUGGGCCCAGGUCUCAGAGGAGCUGCAGGAGGUGCACUGGGAGCUUGAGGAGGAGCGGGAGAAGAGGAGGAAAGCCGAGGAGGAGGUCAGCCUGAAAACACACGAGGAGGACAAUCUGAAGAACAAACUCUGCACCUUACUGGAGGAGAGAGAGAAAGAGCGGGAGGAGCGAGAGAAAGAGAUGGAGAGACUCAACUCCUCUCCUCUCCUAGAGAAGGAGGGAGGUACCCUCCUCCCCAGCCAGGAGCGAGUGAUGGAACAGCUAAAAGAGGAGAAAUCUCUCCUCCUCUCUCGUCUAAAACAGCAGGAAGAGCUGCUCUCCUCUGUCCGGAUGGCGAAAGGGAGCAACAAGGAGAACGAGGGGGAGCUGAGGGAGGUGGAGGAGGAGGAGAAGAGUGUCCUCCUCUCCAGGUUGAGGCAGCAGGAGCAGCUGGUCUCCUCUCUGCAGGAGGUGAAACAGGCAGGAGACUCUGUCUCCUCUGAAGUCCACGCUCUGUUCGGACGACAGCUACAGUCACUACAGACCCAUCGGGACCAGCUCCUAGCCCUACUGGAAGAAACUAAAUCCAGGCACAAAACCACCACCGCCCUCCUCGGUCAGAAAACCCUGGAGCUCGACACCGUUCGGAAAGAGAUGGACAGAGUCCAGAAGGAGGCGGAGACAGCGAGGCAGGCGGCGGAGGAGAGGGAGAGGAGGAUGGAGCAGACUGAGAGGGAGAAGACAGAGGUAGAGUCUGAGUUGCUGUGUCUGAGACAGAACCUGUGUAACCUGGAGGAGGUCCAGGCCCAGGGAGCGAGGGAGAGGGAGGAGGGCAGAAGGAGAGAGGAGGAGAUGGACAGAACCAUGCGGAGGAUGGAGAAGGUGAUGGCGGAGGAGCUGGAGGAGUUCCAGAGACAGCUCCGAGCCAAGGAGGAAGAGGUGGAGGAGGAGAGGGAGAAGUGGGAGGAGGAGCGGCAGGAGAAGGACGAGGAGGUGCAGGGGGUGCGACGUCUGCUGGAGGAGCAGCGGAGGGAGAGGGAGCAGGAGGUGAAAGCGCUCCUGGAGCAGCAGAUGCGGUCUGUGGAGGAGGCCACAGAGAGACUGAGGAGCUCUCACAGUGAGGAAGUGCAGGAGCUGCAGGAGAAACACCAGGAGGAGGUGUCUGAGCUGAGCGGCCGUCUGGAGAGAGAGCUGCGUGAGCAGAGAGAGACGCUGGAGGAGGAGCAGAAGAGACAGAUCAGCCUUAUCAAACAGGUGAACGAGAGAGAACACCAGAGGAUGGUGUCGGAGAUGAUGUCACAGCAGAGGGAGGAGCUUAGCCGUUUGAAGGCAGAGCUAUCAGGGGAACAGAGAGAGAGCAUGGAGGCAGCCCACCAAGCAGAACUACUACAGAUGCAGAGCCAACAGUCCCUGGAGCUGGAGGCGCUGCGUCUGAGCCUGACCAACCACCAAACGACCCAGCUGGAGCUCUCCCAGGCCAACCUGCAGCGGGAGCGGGAGGCCUCUCUAAGCGAGCUCCAGGCUUCCCUCAGGGAGAAAUGGGCCCAGGAGAGGGCCGUGCUGCAGACCAGACAGCAGUUUGAGGUGGAGCGGCUGAGAGCUGAGAGUGAGGAGAGGAUCCAGCGAGAACAGCAGGAGUAUCACAGGAACAUGGAUGCUCUGAGGCAGGAGUGUGAGAGUCGUGUCUCCCAGGAGAGAGCGUCCAUGGAGGAGCGGCAGGCUGCAGAAAUAGAGGCCUUGAGGUCCCGGUGGCAGCAGGAGUCAGAGAAGGCCCAGUCAGAGCUCCAGACAUGGCUGUCAGAGGCUCGGGCGUCACUCUCCUCUACCCAGGCAGCCCUCACCCAGACUGGAGCAGAUCUGUCCGAGGCCCGGGCAAGCCUGGAGGAGCUCCAGAGGCUGGAGGGGGAGCUGAGCCAGGCCUGGACCGACAGGGACGCUGCCGCCCGUGCAGUGGAGGAUCUGGUGUCCAGCCACCAGGUGGUGCUGCAGGAGAGAGAGGAACAAACACGGCAGCUACAGCAGGAGGUGUGUCGUCUGCAUGGGGAGCAGCUGACUCUGAGACAGACUUGUGACCAGGAGGUCUCUCAGCUCUGGGCUCAGAUAGACAACAUGAGGACCAGCCGCCAGGAACUGGGAGAGUUGAAGGAGCAGCUGCUAGCUCGUUCGUCGCGGGUUGAUGACAUUGAGCGUCUGAAGGCGGAGUUUAACGAGCAGAGGCGGGAGAUCAAGGAGCAGAACGAGGUCGAGCUGGAGAACCUGAGGAGGUACUUUGAGCAGCGUCUGCGAGUAGCAGAGGAGAGCUACCGGGAGGAGAUAGCCCUGCUGCAGCUGAGACUGGUGGAGGGAGCCCUGGAGGACUCUGUACUCAAGACCCAGGAUGCUAGUUUCCUGUCUGAAGGGAGAGGGGAGGAGGAGAGGAAUGAUAUUCUGACUGAGAUCACACUGAAACUGGAGAAACACCAGGAGGCGUUUGACUCGCUGCGAAUCCAGUUGGAGGAGAGACACACUCAGGAGCUGUCUAACCUACGGUCCUCUAUGGCCCUGUCCUACAGAGAGGAGCUUCUACAGGUGCGAUCGGACCUGACUGAUCGUUACUAUGGAGACCUGCAGGAGCUGAAGACUCGCCACGCCCUCGAGAUGGAACAACUCCGCGCUAAACUGUCAGACGGCCAUGUCAGAGAGCUGACCAGGGUGCGUCUGGAGGCUGCCAGACAGGUGGAGGUGGAGGUGGAGCAUAGGAUGUGGUGUCACUCUGAGGAGCUGCAGACCAGAAUGACCAUGAUCCAGAACCUGGAGACACGACUGGCUGCCCUGACAGACACACACACCCUGAAGCUACGCUCACACACUCUGAAGCUGAAGCAGAACUUUGCUGAGGAGCUGGGUGUGAAACUAGCAGAGGAACGUAAGGAAGAGAGGGAGCGAGUGAUGGAGGAGAUGACCCUGAGGAGAGAGGAGGAGGUGCAGAGGCUCAGACAGGAGCUCCAGGAGGAGGAGGAGGCGCGGGUCUCUGCCCUGAGAGAGGAGCUGGAGAGCGGGAUGGAGGAGGAAAGGAGAGCUCUGGAGAAAGGGAUUGAGGAGGCGAGAGCGGCACUCAGGAGUCUACAAGACUCACUGAACAACGACCAGAACCCCCAGGCAGUGGCAGUGAGACGGAGGCUAGAGGCCCAGUACGAGGCUGAGCUGACCAGGGCCAAGUCCUCCAUGGCUGCUGAGGUCAAGGAGCUGACCGCUCUGCUUCAGGAGCAGGGAGACCAGAGGCUACGCCAAGCCCAGGACAGGUUCCAGGAGGAGAGGGGGGAGUUGGAGCAGCGUCUGGCCCAGCAGGGUGAGGUUUCUCUGGGGGAGCUGAGGGAGGAACACAUGGGCGCCAUGGAACUCCUGAGAACCACGCUACUGACCAACCACACGAAGGACAUGGACACGCUCCAAACCAAUCACAAAGCAGAACUGGACUCCUUGUUGGCCAAUCACAAGGCUGAGCUCAAAGCAAUGGCAACGGAGAUUACAACAAAACAGAAGGAGGAGCUUGUUGUCUUGGAAAUCAGCCUUGAAUCAAAACGCAAGGCAGAGCUCGAUCGCCUGGAGGCGGUCCUACAGGAAACCAAUCAGGCUCAGCUAGAGGCACAGGAGGCGGAGUUAGAACACCGGCAUCAGGAAGAGAGGGAAGAGCUGGAGAAGAGGAUGCUGGGUAAUAUGGACACCCUGGAGGCCACAUACCUGAGGGAGAUCCAGACUCUGCGCGAUCAGAAGUCUGUGCUUGAGACGGAACAUAAGCAGGAAGUGGAGCGUGAAAGGUCAAGGCUUAACCAGGAAGUGGAGCGUGAAAGGUUGGAGCAGCAGUCUGUCAGGGAGGAGCUUAGGAAGGAGCUGGCUCAGCUUCACAUGGAGAAGUUUAGCGCCAUGGCAACAGAGCUCAGCCACACCCACCAGAAUGAGUUGACAAUCCAGAAAGAGGCCUUAGAAGCUCAGUUGUCUGUCCAGAGAGAGGCCUUAGAGGCUGAACACCACACGGCUCUGGAGGCCCUCAGGAAAAAGGUCAUGGAGUUGGCACAACAGCACUGCACCGCCUUAGAGGAGCUCACACACACCUACACCUCAGAGACACAGCAACUCAACACACAGCACCAGCAGCAGCUUCAGGAGCUAAAGAGUGCAUCUGCGAGGGAGCUACAGGCGUGUCGCCGGGAGCUGGAGGAGGAGUCGUCAAGGCAACGGCUGCGCUUCCUGGAAGAGGUUGAGCUUCUGAAGGCCCAAGCAGAGGAGAGACUUCAGCAGAUGAUCAGCCAACUGAAGGCGGAGUUUGAGGAGCAGAAGGAGGCGGAGCUAGCAGAACAGAGGCGGAGCUUCAGUUCUGAGCACGAGCAGAAGGAACAGAGCUACACCGACAAGAUGAGCCAGCUCACUGCACAACUGCUACAGCUGGACACUGUGGUGUCACAGUUGCGAGUGGAGGUGGACAGUCUACAGGGGGAGUUGGAGGGGAAGAGAUCAGAGAUGGAGACCCUGGAUACACUCCUCCAACGGCGAGAACGAGAGAGUCAGGAGGGAGGCAACCUCCUCAACAUGCUCACUGAGGACCUACACACUGCCAAGGAGGAGAGGCGCUCUCUCCAGUCAGCCAAUGAGAAGCUGAGGAAGGUUCUGGUUGAGGUGGUUCUGAGCACCAUGGCAAUGGAGGAGCUGAUUGGCCGCCGUGUCGGCGAGUGUGUUGGGGUCAAAGGUCAUGAUCAGAGUGAGAGGCCAGGAAAGGAAACAACCAAUCAGGAGACGGGUGUCUCUGUAGCAGAUAUGUCGACAGGCGAUCUGGAUCUCUCUCAGCGUGUGUGUGAGAGCCUUCUUCUGGCAGAGUCACAAACACACUCUGGAGGAGAGGAAGCAGCCCUGGGAGCCUGCAGCCGACUACGCCACUCUGUGGACACACUCCUGGAGCUACUCACACACGCUAACACACAGUUGGAGGUGUCUUGUUCAGUCCAUCUGUCUCUGGAGGAGAGAUUUUCCCAGGGCCGUUCAGACUCCUCCCAGAUGCUGCUCCAACACCAGCUCGUAUUGGACCAGCUGGACCAGGAAGCGGGGCUAAAGAGCAAGCUCCAGCUGGAGCUCCACAAGGCCGAGGGUCUGUUGGAGGGCUAUGUGGCUGAGAAGGCAACUCUGGAAGAAUCUCUACAACAAAAGGAGGCUCAGGAAGAACGGCUUGUUGAGGAGCUAGAGGGCCUCCGGGCGCAGCUGCACCAGAAGGAAGGCCUCACCUCGGAGCUGGAGGACCUCAGGGUGCAGCUGCAGGAGCUCAGCGAGGAGCACAGUCUCCUCCUGCGCCAGAAGGUCCAUCUCACCGCCGGACUGGGAGAGAGAGAAAAGGGCCUUCUGGUUGAGGCAGAUCGUCUGGCCCAGGAGAGGCUGUGUGUGCAGCGGCAGGCGGAGAAAGACCGCAGCUCACUGUCGCUGCGCCUCAGGGCUCUGGAGACCGAGCUAGAGGAACAGGAAAGCCAGGGCCUCACGGCGGAGCAGCAGCACAGGGCUCAAUCAGAGGACCUCCAGCAGCGCGUCCAGGCCCUCGAGAAGCAGCUCAAACACAACAGGCAGUUUAUCGACGAGCAGGCAGUGGAGAGGGAGCAUGAGAGGGAUGAGUUCCAACAGGAGAUCAGAAGUCUGGAGGCUCAGCUCAGACAGCCAGCCAGACACUCUGCUGGGGCCAGCAAGGGCCAGAGGAUUGAGGACUUGGUUCUGCAGGUGGAGAGCCUUCAAGCCCUCAUCAGGGACAAGACCGAAGACCACUCCUCCCUGCUGGCAGCCAAUCAACAGGUCCAGCUCGAGGUUGCCGAGCGCAAUGAGGAGAUUGACAAGCUGGCUGGGCGAAUUAGGGAGCUGGAACAGGCAUUGCUAAGCAGCUCAGAGAGCAGCAGAGCUGUCAGUCAAUUGGAGCAGGAGAUACACAGAGCUCAGCAGAGAGAAGAGGAGCUCACACAGGAUAAGGAGUCGUUGCAGCAGCAGCAGUUGUCAAAUCGUCUCCAGAUUUCAGCGCUGCAGUCUAAACUGGACGAGACCCGUCACCGUUACAACAACAACGCUAGCACCCCCGACCCCAUCCAGCUUCUCCGAGACGCGUUGGACACAGCACAGCAAGACCUGCAGGACAAGGAGCAACAGGUGUGUGUGUUGGUUGGUCAAAUGGAGCAGACUCAGAGAGACCUGACCAUAAAAGAGGCGGAGUUAAAACACCUCACACUCCAGCUGGAGCUCCUGACCAAUCAGAACACGGCUACCGUCACCCAGCUACACGACCAAGUCGCUUCUCUCAAGGAGACAGUUUCAGCCCUUACCUUUCGCCUGGAGGAGAGAGAGAUUGAAGGGGAGGAGAGAGAGGAGGAGAGUCUCCCGUCUGCUCUGUUAGAGGAGAAGAAUGAAGAGAUAGAUCACCUGACCCAGGAGAUACACAAGCUGGAGCUGGAGCUGGAGACAGCCAGGGACAUCACGGCGUUCGAGACAGAACUUGAAGACCUGCGCUCCCAGGUGGAGCACCUCCGCUGUGACAUCAUCAGGGUGCGUCAGGACAAGCAGGAAGAGGAGGAGCGGCUUCACGAGGUCAUCAGCACGCUACAGGCGGAGCUAAACACCCUUGGCCCCGCCUACCACGAGGUCAGCGACCUAUCACAAGAGGGCGACAGUGUUAACCCUUCGCCUGCUCCCAGCCCGGAACCUGCCAACUACCCCCAGUACCCCCAAAAAGAGAGAGGAGCACCGAGAGGAGGAGAGGGCGACAGUCUUAAGCAGGAGAUGCGUCUCCUCCACGCCUCCUCUUCUCGUUCUCUCCGUUCUCGUGUGGAGGCCCUGCAGGGGCAGCUGGAGGUGACGGUGGGAGAGAAGGAGGCGAUGGAGAGACUGCUGCUCUCUCAGGAGGAAGAGUACAGAGGACAAGGGGAGGAGAUGGGGAGGAGGCUCAGGGACGAGAGGGAGAGAGGGGAAGAGGUAAAGAGACAACUCGAUCUAAAAGAAGCUGAGCUUGAAGAGGUUAGAGCCAGGAAAGAAGAGCUGGAGGAGGAGAGGGAUGCAGCUGUGGAGGAGAGUGCUCGCUGGCAAGCUCUUGCUCAGGAGACGAGCUCCCUGCGAGGGGAGAAAUCCCGGCUAGACUCCCUGGUCCUGGAGCUAAAAACAAGGGAUGAAGAGAGAGAGAAAGAGACGGAAGCCGUUCUACAGACCGUGGUGGCCCUCGAGACAGCGAAAGCAGAACUUUCGUCAGAACGCGAGGCGCUGCGGAAGAGGGAGUGCCGACUCCAGGAGGAAAUAGAACGCCUCCAGCAGGAAGUGACCUCUCAGAGGGCCCGUCUCCAGGAAGUCAGCCGUCAGCUGGAGGAGAGGCGAGCCGACCAGGAGGAGGCUCAGAAGGAAGUGCUGACGUGUGCUGAGGAGACUCUGGCGAAGGCUGACGCUGCCCUGAGACAGAGGGAGGAGGAGCUACGGCGACUAGGGGCGGAGCAUCAAGCCCUAGGGGCAGAGUUAGCAGCUGUGAAGGAGGGUCUUUGCUCCAGCACAGAGAGAGCUGAGAAACUACUGGAGGAGGGACAGACCAAAGACCGGGCCCUGGCUGACCUGGAAACCAAUAACCAGCAUCUGAAGGCGGAGCUCCGGGGCCUACAGGAAGACCUAGCCGUGCAGGAAGAGGAGCUGGCCUAUCAGCAACGAGAACUGCUGCAGCUCAGACAGACCUGCAACCCGCACAACAGACAGACACACUCACUGAAGGACGUCUCACCUCGAGGAUUCGAGGACGGUGUGUCUCGCAACGAGUCCCUGAGUUCCCCAGAGGUUCUCCGUCGACUGGACUGUUCUGAGGAGAGAACCAGAGAGGACCGGUUCCAGCACUCUGUUCUACACGGUUCUAGACUGUCUGACCUCAGUGCUUUAAACAGCACAGGCCUGGAGCUCCAGGCUAAAGCCUCCCCCAGGGGACGGCAAGACCAGCCCUGCCCAGGGACAAUCAGCCCAGAGCUGGGCACACACAGCACCCGCUCCCCUGGGUCCAUCUCUGCCUCGGACAACCUCUCCAUGUUGGACUCAAUGGACGCUGACAAGGUAAAUGAGCUGGAAGCCCUGGACCUGACGGCCCCUCCCUCAUCUCUUGGCUCCGCCUCCUCUCUGUCCGCCCCGGAGUGGGCCAGUGACGGAUAUGGCAGCAAUGUCAGUUCAGAGCUCGGUGUAAGACUCAAGGUAGAGUUGGAGCAGACCGAGAGGCUGGACGCUCAGUUCUUGGAGUACCUGCAUUGUCGAGGCAUGAACCCCGCAACCAACACACACACCGACAACACACACACCGACAGCGCCGCCGGGAGUAUGAGCUACAGCGACGAACUGUUGUCUCCUGAACUACAGGGUUUGUUGAAGAGAGUGUACCAGGAGAGCUGCAGGGUUCUCGCCCUCUCCCAGCGUAACGCCCCCUCCUCCUCUAACCACCUCUCAUUGGACCAGACGAUCUGUCAGUCAGACUCUAAAGCUCCUCCAAUGGGCUGGGAGCAGGAGAAGAGGGCGUUACAGGAAACUGUCAUCGCUCUGAGAGAACUGCUCUGUAGGAUGGCACAGAGGCCGGAGAACUCUGUGGAUGCUGGUUGGAGCAGAGGGCUGCAGGCUGCAGUAAGGGGUGUGCUUGACUGUGAGAGGGCGGGGCUUCGCUCUGAGCUGCAGGCCUUCCUCUCCUCCCGCCCUGAGAUAGACUCCACCCACCUCCUCCGUCAGCUGGAAACACUGCUACAGAGACAGGAGGAGCAGCAGCGUGUUGUGGUGGAGCGUCUGCUCUCUGCAGACAGACACGGUCUGCAGCUGCAGCUCUCCCAGGGGGAGGAGUCAUCUAAAGGGGAGGUGUUAUCCAGGCUGAGGGCGGAACUAGAGGAGAGCAGCGAACGACUUAACUCCUCCCACAGCACCCAGCAGGAACUACACAACGAGAUCCACAAACUCGGGCUGUGUAUAGAGGAGUGUGAGGAGGCUGUAAGGAGGGAGCAGACCAGAGUCCAGCAGCUACAGCAGGAGCUGGACCAGGAGAGAACUCACACACACCUCCGGGAGAAGGAGGAGGAGCAGCAGAGAUCAGAGGUCGUGACCCUGAGGGGUCAGCUGGACCAGGAGAGGACGACCUCCAGUAACCUCCGACAGGAACUCCAGAUAGAACUCUCCCGCGGCCACCUCCUCCAAUCACAGCUCGACACACGGCUAGCCGAUGCCCACAAGGAGCUCGAGGAGGAGUGCGCCCGUUCCGCCCGGCAACUUGACACUUUCCAGUCACAGGAAAAGAGUCGGCUGGAACACUUCCUGAAAGAGGCUGAGUCCCGCCUAGCCGACGCACACAUGAAGGAACUGGAGGAGGAACGCGAGCGCUCUGCCCGGCGUCUCGAUGACAUCACACGCAGACAGGAAGCGGAUGCGUCCCGAGACAGGAAGUUCAUCUCGGAGCUCCGCUCUCAGCUGGAGCAGGAGAGGAGGCAGGGGGAAGAGCUAGCCACCGUGACAGACGGGCUGAGGGCGGAACUUCUGCAGAACCGGAGGAGAGUAGAGGAGGAAGAGAGGAAGAGGAGUGAGGAGGCACAGAGAGAUCAGGAUGCUGCAGCCCGCCUCAGAGUUACUAUGGAGACACUCAAGGAGCAGAAGCAGGAGGCUAGUCGUGCAUUGGAGAUAGAGCGAGAGCGUUCUGGUCGCUUAGGGGCGGAGCUCAACGAGCUGAGGGAGAGGAUUCGAUUGGUCAAUGAGAAGGGGAGAGAGCAGGAGGAACAGAGGGAGAGGGAGAGGAGGAAGGAGAGACAGGAGCAGACAGAGAGAGAGAGGCGACACGAGAGGACAAGCAACAAACUGUGUGAAUUGGAGUUAUUGCGGCAGCAGGACCAGCAGAGGAUGAGAGAUCUCCAGCAGACUCUGGCUGAGCUGGAGAGGGAGGAGAGAGAGAUGGCUACAGAGAGACUGUCCAACCGACACCAGUACAACUCCAGCCCACUCCAACCCAAGAACAGCACCUCGUCUGGGCCAGACCAGACCAGCCCAGCCCUAUACAACCACCAGUCUUCCUCCUCUUCCUCAGCGCUGGUGGAGAGGUUGUUGAGGGAGAACUCUGACCUGUCGGCCCGUGUGAAGGAGCUGAGUCAGGAAAGGGUUAACCUGAAACACACCCUGUCCUGUCUGGAACGACAGCUACGACAGGCAGAGAUUGAAAACAGGCCCAGCACUGACCUCAGCAACAGCAAGUUCCAGCGACUGUAUGAGCGCUACCUGCGGGCUGAGAGCUUUAGGAAGUCUCUGGUCUACCAGAAGCGCUACCUCCUGCUGCUACUGGGGGGCUUCCAGGACUGUGAACAGGCAACCCUCUGUCUCAUCGCCCGGAUGGGGGCGCACCCCUCGCCCCCCCACGCCCACACACACUCUCCCCUCUCACGCUUCAGAGCUGCAGUACGAGCUGUCAUCGCCAUCUCACGGCUGAAGUUCCUGACCAGGAAGUGGCAGAGAGUCGUCAGGAGAGGAGUUACGACAACUGUCACUGUCAACGGACAUAGCACAGCUUCCAGAACUGAGGUUUUGAGGCAGCAGCAGCCACACAACUCCUCUCCACCCACUAGAGACAGCAGCCCUAACCAUAAGGGCGUGGCCUCACCUCUGGUUCCACCAAUGAAAUCACCCUUCAGGCUGCACAACCGAGUGUAUUCCAACCCGGUCCUGUCCUCUGAGCGUGCUCCGUCCAGUGUUCUGUCCCAGGAUGCAGAGCGGUCUCUGACAGACUACAUCCACCACCUGGAGAACGUACAGCAACGCCUGGGGGCUGCACGGCCAGACUCUCCAUCUCUUCUCUCCUACCACAAGAAGUCUGACCGCUGAAGGAAGGAAUGAAGCAAUGUAUGAAUGCCUCCUUUCAAUCCAACAUCCUUAUGAUCCAUGUUCAAAUAUACAAGGGAAUGUAUUUGUCUAUUAUCUGAUUUAGAACGUUAGAUUUUUUUAAAAGACAUAAAUUAUUUUUUUAAGAUUCGUUUUUUUCUACACAGAUAUUUCUACUGUCGACCUCCGAGUUAUAAGAAGAACUCCUAAGAAAGUAUUAGAUCGCUAUUUUUCUACCUGAGUUUUAUACAAGUUUGUAUCUCUGAUUCUGUAUAUAUGUUCGCGGUUGUUAAUAUUUGUUAGUUUCACAUGUGGAUAAAUGUGUAACGUUUCGCACUGGAAUUCCGAGCUAUAGAUCAAAGCUGGUGAACAUGUUUUGUCAAUUAUUUUAUUUUUUUUAUAGAUCACCAUUUCUACAAAAUCAAUAAAUAUUUGUAUUAUGUGAUUACCUGA